AGAGCAGCAUUGUUGGUUUAGAUACCUUCAGGCACUUUGUAUAACAAUUUGGUUUGUGUAAAAGUAUUUCCACAAAAAUGGAAGACAAAGCGAACUCUAACAGUACCGCAGUUGAGGCUGCCGAGAAUCCAUCUACGCCAGCGAAGAAGUCGUCGAAAAGUAAGUCGAAAUCGCAACGUGAAAAGGCGUCUCAUCCGCCAACUUCGGAAAUGGUCAACGCUGCCAUUAAAGAGUUGAAGGAUCGUAAAGGAUCGUCUCUCCAAGCUAUCAAAAAAUACAUUGCCUCCACUUACAAAGUCGACGGAGAGAAAUUUGCUCCGUUCAUUAAGAGGUACUUGAAAUCUGCUGUGACAUCUGGAACUGUCGUCCAAACAAAAGGCAAAGGAGCGUCUGGAUCUUUCAAGUUGUCUACUGGAAAAAGUGAAACUUCUAAGACCAAGAAGGUUCCUCAUCCAGCUAAGAAGGCAGCACCAAAAAAGGUACAAUCUGUCGAGAAGAAGACCGUCUCGAAGAAAACUGCUCCUGCUAAGAAGCCGGCAUCGCCCAAAAAAGCUGCAGUUGAAAAGAAACCGGCACCAGCGAAGAAGAGUGCAUCCAAGGUAGCCGUUGCAAAACCAAAAGCUGCUAGCGAAGCCAAGAGCAUGUCGAAAGCUAAGAAGACCGCCAAAGCACCAGCAGCCAAGACUAAAACACCUAAACCCAAGAAAGCAGCUGCACCAAAAGCAGUUAAAUCCCCAGCAAAAAAAUAAUUAUUUUCAAACUACGUUGCCCUUCAAAUCCAAAUGGCCCUUUUCAGGGCCACUAAAUAUUUUUUACAAGGAACAAUCACCGUUUUCUAUCCAUUAGAAACAAAAUACCCAUAAAUUCAAAUCGAGGUUUUUAUCACAGUUAAAAACAAUUUUAUUUUGUUUAUUGGUUUAAAUACGAGAAAGAAGUACAUAACGGUAUGUGUUCAUUGAUAUAUAUUGAUUCUUGAAAACAUUAUUGAAAUUUCGUAUACUUAGUAUUUCAUGAACUUCUAUAGACACAACUUAUAGACGUAACCAUAAGUUAUGUUUAGACCUUUGUCCAGAAGUACAAAAAAGGCAGUGAGUUUUAAACCAUUAUGUUUCCAACCAUGCUGUAUGAUUGGUCAAGGUACUAGGGAAUCUAACAGGGAAGCGCCGCUGCAUAACCUCUCUACCCUACGCUAUCGACCAAUUCCCGCCAAAACAGCAGACGUGGACACACCAUGUGCAUAUUAAGACAAAUACAAUCAACAUGGUGAACGAGUGAAAUGUAACUGCACUCUGAAGCGAUGCAUUAUCUUAUCUAGAUUAUGCUACAAAGAAUAGUAAAAGUGGAUGUUUUAGAUUUAUACAAAUAUUAUUUCAUUUGUAUAAUUUUAGUCUUUUUACUGCAUUUCAAUGAGGCAAAUAUAAACGUAUUUUCCAAAAAUAAAUAUUUAUCAGUGACGUAUGUAGAUUCUGUCUCUAUUUUUUAGUUUUUAAUAUACAUUUAAUAUACAUUUAAUAUACAUUUUUUAAUAUACAGUUGUAGAAGUCGAAAGCUAAUUCAUAACUUUAUAACCUAUAAUUGCAUAUUAGACAUGAAUAAUAUACUGAUCAUUCUUUUUAUAUUUAUUGAUUAUAAAAAAUCUGAAUGCAUUUUGGAUGAUAUGAACAGGGAAUGCUUGUCAUAUCGUCAAACCUAGAAGCUCUCACACGAUUUGUGAGUAAAAGAGACUUCUUCCGACUAUAUAAUGAGUAUAGCAUAAAACACGUAUUGCAUUUACAACUUAACAUUCGAGUCAUUCGUAAAUGAAUCACAUACUGAAUAUAGAGUAUUUAGGUUUGAUUAUUUACGUUGUAUAUUAAUUAUUAUCACAAAACUUUUCUUUAAUUAUGAAAUGGAAAUCGCAUUUUGUGAGGUUAUUUGAAUACCAUGGACUUUUCUUAUAAUUUAUAAUAUACAUGUUUUUGCUACCGUCA